GUCAUACGGUUUUCGUUUAAACGAGAAUUUUUUUUUUUUUUUUUUUUAUUUUUUUUGCCUAACAAUCGACAUGGAACCCGGAAGUUACUGAUUGUGAUUUAGAAAAGACAACCAUGGACUUGAAUUGGAAAAUACCUUCGUUUUCCUUUUCAGUUUUAUAUAAUAUUAUAGACCUAUUGCCUAGGACGGUUUCGUUUUCAAUAUCAUUAACAUUAGGCUUGGAAACAGUAUAAAUACUGAAGAUAAAACGAGAAUUUGUAGACAACAUAGGCGCAUCACCAGGAAUGAGGAAGAUGAUUGCCUGCUGUCGCGUCGAUGUUUCAUUCAGGAUCAUCUUUAGUUUAUUCGUAUAUGUUCCGUGGUGAACAUAACUAAUAAGGCUAUUUUGGAACAUCAUGCUCCUGCUGAGAAUCUACAUGUGUGAAUUAUGAACCCUUUACCAGAGCAACAACAACUGAAGUCUGAAGCAAUAAGGUUGGAAACAUUUCGUAGGUGGCCGCUUUCAGCAUCUCAAAGCCCAGAGACGCUUGCUAAAAAUGGCUUCUACUACAUUGGUCCCUCCGAUCGGGUGAGGUGUGCGUUUUGCAGUGGUGUGUUGAAGAGUUGGAGGCCCUCAGAUGAUCCCUGUAGGGAGCAUGAGGUACACUUCCCUAAGUGUCCAUUCGUGAGGAACCUCGAUGUUGGCAACAUACCAAUAAGUCCUGGAAGCCGGCCAGCCUCUAUUGUAGUAUCCCAGGUCCAGCCAGGUAGAGCGGUACCCAUUCUGAACUUGCCGAAGUACAGUCAGUUUGCAGAUAAGAAUGCUAGAUUAAAAUCUUUAGAGGAGUUGCCCAGUAACGUACCUCAGGACAGAGAUCUGUUAGCAACAGCUGGGUUCUUUUAUGCAGGACAUGGUGACAGUGUGCGUUGUUUUUGCUGUGGAGGAACAUUGCGCAGUUGGGAAAGGUCGGACGACCCAUGGAUAGAACAUGCUGUCUGGUUCCCCCGCUGUACCUAUGUCAUUCAGGAGAAAGGAGAACAGUUUGUGAGGGAAAUUCAGAGUAACUUUUUGUCAAGCAUUCCAAACAGACAGGCUAUUCAGUCUCCACAGAGGGAAAGUCCUCAGCCACUGAGAAGACAUCCUAGUGCUAACAGCAGACAGCUCAUGCCGUGCAUUCAAGCUGUGAUAGAGAUGGGAUACAAUGAGGAGUUGGUCCAGCAAGUGCUUCUAAACCAAAUGCGACAAGGAAACAAUAUCACAAGUGCUGAGUCAUUGCUAUCAGCUGUUGAGGAGCAUGUUAAUUCCUCUCCUAAUUCACCAGUCAACAAUGUUCGUUCAUUGACAAAUAUAGUUGCUGCCACAAAUCUGGAGGACCCAAUUGGAGGGCUAGAGGACAGAAUUAUGUGCAAAAUCUGCAUGGCUAAGGAAGUGGAAGUGACAUUUUUACCGUGUGGGCAUCUGGUGUGCUGUGAAGAGUGUUCAAAACUUGUAACACAUUGUCCAGUCUGUAGGAAAUCGAUAAGAGGCACCAUCCGUACAUAUUUGGCAUGAGCAUGGUUAAAUACAAAAUCAACAGCACAACCUCUUUGGUACUAAGUAGAAACUUUUUUAAAGUGUUACUUUAGAAUAGUGGAGCUUAACGGUUUUCAUGUUCUAAUGAACCAGUGUUUGACCCAUUGCAAUUCUCUCCAACCUUUUACACAGUUAGCCUUUCAAUUCCUCUGUUGUCAUACACAAGCACACCUUUCUGCUUUCUUGUUUUAGAACAUGUUCACCUGGUGUUACAUGCUGCUACAGUAGUACAGUCCAAAGCGCAAACACUUUUUGUAUGCCCACACUCAUUAGUUUCAGGCAUGUCCACCCUGUGUUCUGUCUUUGGUGUGAACAGUGGCUUGACUCUGGGCAGAGGGAAGAUUUGUUUACAAUUCUGGAUCAUCCUGUUUAUGCCGAGUUGGGUGGUGAUGGUGGAUGUCAAAUGGAUGAGUUGCUCUAGGCAUUAUGGAGAUAAAAUUCUGCUUAUGCCAAGUCUGGUGGUGACUGGAUGGCAAGUGGAUGAGAUGUCGUAAGUAUAAUGGAGUUGAAAUCCUGCAUACAAUGAGCCUGUUGGUGAAAGUGAAUGUCAUAUUAAUGAGCUGCUCUAGGUUUAAUGGAGCUAAAAUCCUGCUUACACCAAGUCUGGUGAUGGAUGUCAUAUGGAUGUUUCGGUCUAGACGCAGUUGACCACAAAUCCUGCUUACACAGAGUCUGGUGAUGGAUGUCAUAUGGAUGUGUUGAUCUAGAUGUAAUGGAGCUGAAAUCCUGCUUACACUGAGUCUGGUGAUGGAUGUCAUAUUGAUGUGUUGGUCCAGACGUAAUGAAGCUGAAAUCCUGAGUACACCGAGUCCAGUGAUGGAUGUCAUAUUGAUGUGUUGGUCUAGACAUAAUGAAGCUGAAAUCCUGCUUACACCGUUCAUUAUGGAGUUGAAGUUGGUGAUAACUGGUUUACAUUCCGUCAGUGACAGUGGGAUGUAGGCUAGUGGUAGAGUGCAUACUUGAAGCAUGUUGCAUUGUAGGAUCAGUCCCUCAAACAUGGUCAACAUAUUUCAGGUUUUCUGUUCCAAUCGGUGCUCCAUGUUUUACAUCAUAGGAUAUAGAAUUAGCUAUCCUGUGUGCAGAAGAGCAGUUGAAAGAUCUGUCACAGUGAGUUUGAGUGCAGUUUUGUUACUGUGGACUGGUAGCAGCAGGUUUUCAGUCCUACUCACUGGACAAAGUGUUCAAUGUGUCAUUCAUUACGUGUUUAAUAGUCAUAGGUUAUUUUAUUGUUAAACAUUCCUGUUUGUUCGUAUCCUGUUAAUCGGACAUUUUAAAAAAUCAUUUACAAAGUACCAAUAUCGUGUGUCCUGUAUCGAAACAUGUAUUCAAUUACUUCCAUUUGUUUUGUUUAUGUUAUCGGCUCGCUUAGAUCGGAAUCUACCAUAUCAUGUAAUGACGUUGCAGUGGGACCGAGGACAGUGGUUUGUAUUCUGUCAUACUUGAAGACUUAAACUGACAUUCACGAAAUGCUCAAAUUAACAAUCAGAAUUCAGUGACAGAAACUGUUCUUAAAAUGCUGCCAAUUGAACAAAACUGGAACAGAACGUUAGGUUAGGUUGGUUGGUAGAGAGUAACAGGUUAAUGAUGUGAAGGUAAGGAUGGGGAACUCUAUGACGCUUGUCAUUUCAUGGAAUUCCCAUUAUAUCCAACCGAGAAUCCAUAAGCACUUUCCAACCGAGAAACCAUAAGCACUUUUAUGUAAGCCUGUGUUGGACAAAAUACCUGAAACAGCAGUGUGGGUGUGUAUCAGGUAAGAAACUGAAUAUGUUCCAGGGUGUUUUACAGAAAAAGCAUUUAUCUCUUUAUUACAAACACAAUUUAUAUAAAUACUAAAAGAAA